CAGUUUUUUUUUUUAAGUUUCCUUCCUUGCAGAUUAGUUUGUUUCCAGUUUACAGGAAAAAAUAUCAUAUUGAGAAGGUGAGAAACGGUUAGAAACGACCUAUCAUGGUCAGUUUUUAUGUAUUAAAAUCCGGGAUGAAUUUAAAUUUAAAACAAGUCUCAAAGAUCUGUCAGACUUCGAAAACGGAGGCGUUAAUAAAGUCAUAUUUGGGCAGGUUACUGAGGAUUUACUUUGAAAGCUGCAGCUCUGCGCCUCUCUUACUUUGCAUAGAUACCGUCGUUGCUUCCGGACUCUGUCUUUAUAACUUAAAUGCUGAGCCUAUAAUCCAAGUCAACUUUUACUUCCUUGUACACAAGCGGAUAGAGGAACUGACCGCCCUGCGGCUGGCCUGUUGUCAACACUCUACAUCCUCUCCUGCUUCAUUUCAUAACUUUCAAAUCAUGAUCAGAUAGAAAACAGCUGCGUGGAGCUGCGAACAAGCGAUUUCUCAGGAAGCUGCAGAUAUGGCUCGCUCAGGGUCACAGGGCGAGAUGACCGAGUACAAGAAGAUCCUGAUCAAACGGGACUUGGAGAUGGGCGUGGUCAUGACUGUGUUUCGGCAGAGGGUGGAGCGGCUCACGGUUCAGGUCAUUAUGGAGACCCAGCAGGUGGCUUGGACUCGCACUGCAGAUAAAACUGAUGGUGUCUUGGACCUGUUUGAGAUCCGAGAAAUCCGUCCUGGGAGGAACUCCAAAGACUUCGAGCGUUUUAAAGAUGGGAGGGACAAACACAAUGAGAACACCUGCUUCACCAUCUUCUAUGGCUCUCAGUUUGUCCUCAGCACCCUCAGUCUGGGAGCUGAUUCGGCGGAGGAGGCUCAGAAAUGGCUGAUAGGACUGGAGCUGCUGAGAGAAGAGACUCUGGCAGCUCCGACCCCGGUUCUGAUAGAGAGCUGGCUGAGGAAGCAAAUGUAUUCUGUCAACCAGACCAAGACAAACAGCCUCUCUGUGAAGGAGCUGAAGUCUCUACUGCCCAUGCUGAACUACAAGGCCCCCAGCUCUCGAGCUCUCAAAGACAGAUUACAGGAAGUCGGAGUAAAGAAAGACCGCCUGGACUUCGAGCAGUUUCAUAAGUUUUAUAACCUGAUGAUGUUUGAGCAGAAUGAGAUCCUGGAUGAGUUCAAAAGAGAAGCAUGUUCCUUUAUUUUGGGAAACACAGAUAAACAGGAUGCUUCAGCUGUUCUGCUGCAUGAUUUCCAACGAUUUCUCAUUUAUGACCAGAAGGAACCCUGGGCCAACGAUCUGACCCAGGUCAGAGAACUGAUGACCAUCUUCAUCGAUGACACCAUGAGAAAAACUAACGACCCAGAGUUCACCGUCAGUGAGUUCCUGAGUUUCCUGUUUUCCAAAGAGAAUUCAGUUUGGGAGGAGAAGUUCUCUGAGAUCAACAACCUGGACAUGAACAACCCGUUGUCCCAUUACUGGAUCAGCUCCUCACACAACACCUACCUGACAGGCGAUCAGAUCCGCAGCGAGUCAUCCACAGAGGCUUACGUUCGCUGUCUGCGCCUGGGAUGUCGCUGUGUUGAAUUGGACUGCUGGGAGGGCCCCGGGGAACCGAUCAUCUACCACGGCUGGACCAGGACAACCAAGAUCAAGUUUGAGGAUGUGGUCAAAGCAAUAAACGAGCACGCUUUUGUCACUACAGACUUCCCGGUCAUCCUGUCCAUAGAGGAGCACUGCCCCAUAGAGCAGCAGCGUCAGAUGGCUCGCAUCUUCAAAGAAGUGUUUGGAGACAAACUUCUGAGUGAACCUGUGGAGCACAUGGCCGAGCAGCUGCCUUCACCUACACAGCUGAAGGGGAAGAUCAUACUGAAACACAAGAAGCUCAAUGUGGAGGGAGGAGUAACAACCAGAGACUUCCGGAAGGGCCAGAAGCAGGGAGACUUGGAGAUCUGGGACCCAGUGGAUCAGCGCUGGAACAGGCACUACUGUGUGAUCUCUGAUGACAAGCUGUAUUAUGCAGAGGAGUACGAGGAGGAGGAGGAAGAUCCCCGGAAGUACCAGGAGUUGCAUUGCAUAGAACCAUGGUUUCAUUGCCGCAUGAAGGAGGGUAGGCUGAUGGCUGAGCAACUGAUCCAUGACUACUGUGCAGAAACCGGGGGGCAAGAUGGCACCUUCUUGGUCCGACAGAGUGACCGAUACGUCCACGACUUCACCCUCUCCUUCUGGCGCAGUGGGAGGGUCCAGCACUGCCGAAUUCGGUCCGGUUCAGAGGCAGGGCACACCUACUUCUUCCUGACUUCUAACCUGCACUUCCCCAGCGUCUUCUCUCUGAUCCAGCACUACCGAGAAAACCCACUGCGCUGCCAGGACUUUGAGCUGCGCCUCACCGAAGCCGUGCCGUCACCUGACCCUCAUCUGCAGGAGCGAUGGUUCUACAGUAACCUGAGCAGAGGCCAAGCAGAGGAUUACCUGCUCAGGAUCCCCAGAGAUGGAGCUUUUCUGAUCCGACAGAGAGAAGGAGAACUGGACUCCUAUGCCAUAACAUUCAGAGGCGAUGGGAAGGUCAAACACUGCCGGAUCCAGAAAGAGGGAAAUGUGUAUCUGCUAGGCACCACUACAGAGUUUGAGAGUCUGGUGGAGCUGGUGAACUACUUCAAGAAGAAGCCACUGUAUCGCAAGAUCAAACUGCGUUACCCUGUCACACCUGAGCUGGUGGAACGUUUCAGCACUAACGAGAACUGCUCUUCUAUAUAUAUGGAGACGUAUGUGAAACCCAAUGAGAUCGAACCUUCGCUGCCCCAAAAUACAGUUCGGGCUUUAUACAGCUACCAAGCCAAGAGACCAGAUGAGCUCAGCUUCACUAAAGGAGCUUUGAUACACAAUGUGUCAAAAGAAAUCGACGGAUGGUGGAAAGGUGACUACGGCGGACGGAUGCAGCUGUUCUUUCCUGCAAACUAUGUGGAGGAAAUCUCCAACAACGCCCAGGCUGACACUAAAGCUCAGGAAAUGGAAGACAACCCUCUGGGUGAACUUUGUAAGGGCAUUGUGGAAAUAUCCAUGUACAACAUCCAAAACAUGAAGAACGGUAAAUAUGGGAAGCCACACGUGUUGACCCUGCAGAACAAGGAGCAGGAUAGUGUGCAGUUUGACCUGGCCACUGGCACCCUGGAGGAGCUGUUUGAGUGGUACCAGGCAGCCUGGGACAUAACCCAGAGGGAGAUGAGCAAACAGUAUCACCGGGAGCAAGAGAUGAGACAACAGGAGGAAGUGGAGAAGAAAGCAGAGGUUGCCAUGGAGAUGUCUGAUCUGGUGGUCUACUGCCAGCCUCGUAGCAAGGAGAAGGACCGAUUCGACAGCUACAGCUACAAAGAGAUCCGCUCCUUCGUGGAGAACAAGAUACCAGGGAAGAGCCGCACUAAAGACUUCCUGCGAUACAACCGCAAAGCUCUGAGUCGAAUCUACCCUAAAGGCCAGCGAGUGGAGUCCUCCAACUAUGACCCCUACCCACUGUGGGCUGUGGGCUGCCACAUGGUGGCUCUGAACUACCAGACUGCAGAUAAAUACACCCAGCUGAACAGCGCCCUCUUCAACCUGAACGGACGUACCGGGUACGUGCUGCAGCCCGAGAUGAUGCGCUCCGACAGCUACGAUCCUCAUCAGCAGAAGAAGAAAGUCCAGUACAACAUCAAAAUCAAGGUGAUCGCUGCCAGGCACCUCCCUAAACCCGGCCGCAGCAUCGCCAGCCCGUUUGUGGAGGUCGAGCUGUGUGGACACUCGGAGGAGAAGUUCAAGACCAUUGUUUACCGUGAUAAUGGUCUGAACCCUGUGUGGAAAGCCCCAGCAGAACCUGUGGAGUUCACCGUCUACGAGCCUGAGCUCACCUUCCUUCGCUUUGUGGUCAAUGAGGAGGACAUGUUCUCAGACCCUAACUUCCUGGCUCAGGCCACAUUUCCUGUCAAAGGCAUCCGCUCAGGUUACCGCUCGGUGCCUCUGAAGAAUGGCUACAGUGAAAACUUGGAGCUGGCAUCUCUGCUCAUCUUCAUCAGCGUGCAGCAGGCAGGGAGAGCUGAGGAAGAGCUGUACUCAUCCUCCAGCCAGCUGAGGAAGAAGCAGGCCGAGCACAGCGAGCCCUUUCUGUACGACACACACAGCAACCUCCAGCGCUCCACGCUUCCUCACCAGCAGAACCAGCUGGUCAGAGAGUCCAGCGAGAGGUACAGGUCAAAAGAGAAGAAGAUAAACAACAGCAAGUUUUAUUCCUGAGGAUUCGCCUCAGUCCCAGUCAUCCCAGCCGUCCCAGUCGUCCCAGCUGCAAAUUGUAAACUUGAUGCCACUAAAUCGUUCCAUACGGACCAGGAUCUGAACAGUUUGAGCUUUUCCUGCCAGGACUGAAAUCGUCAGUAUCACCAAAUGGGAUAAAAUCUGUUGCUACCUACAAAUACUAUUUAUUUAAAAUCUGAGCAUCUUACAGACCUAAUAUUUUUACAGGUAUGGAAAUGUGUUGAGGAAUGUUACUGGUGUGGCGGAGAGGUUCUGGAAUCAAACAGCCUCAUGUUAUGCUGUUGGUUUUUAUAUUAAACGUCAGGCAGCUUGUUGUGCUCAUGACCGUUCAUUCUGAUGUUUUUUCCUCUCUAAUGUCUGAAAUCAGAUGAGUUUAAAUGGAAUCCGACACAAACAGAAUGUUUCCAAUGUUAAAUGGAUGCAGAUGAUGUUUCUAAAGCCUCAUUUCCUUUAUGACUGCAUCCUGGAUUCGGUUAAUGACGUGUACUUAUUUCAGUUUUAGCCAUUAUUUCUGUUUUUAUUUGAUUCUUUUUAAGUUGUUCUGUGGGAAACUUUGGUAUUCUCUACCUGUCAGUUGAAUAAAUUCCCAAAAUUCAAAA